CAAGCACCCGUCACUCCAACUCAGAAGUGAAAUAAACAAGGCACGAAUUAUAGGUAGGCUAUAGUUCGGUAUAGGUAUAAUUCUGUAUAUUGAGAUAAAGAAACACGAGAGAAACGAUGUUCGGCUGUUUGGAUUUGCCAACAUCGUCAUUUCAGGUAUGCUGGCACGCACUGCGUAUGUGCUUCAGUCGAGAGGUGACCGAGGAGGCGAAAGUAGCAAAAACCAUGAGCUCCAAAAUAGACCGAGAUCUCUUCGAACACGCCAAACUCGAGUCACACGUGGUUAAAAUUCUAUUACUAGGUGCCGCUGAGAGUGGCAAGAGCACUUUGGUUAAGCAAAUAAAGAUCAUCCACAGUAAUGGCUUCAGCAGACAGGAACUCCUGAGCUUUAAGCCGGCAGUGCUGGAUAACCUGCUCAACUCUAUGAAGUUUGUCCUGCAAGGUAUGGGCCUUCUGAGGAUCAAUCUGGUCAACCAGAGGAACAAGGACCAUGCCGAGUUUGUGCUGACCUGUGAUUGGUGCAUUGGGGAGGACAGAGAGCUGCGGCCUUUCCUGGCUCAGGCCUUCUGCAGUCUGUGGGCAGAUCAGGGGGUGAGGGUCGCAGCCGCCCGGGGUCAAGAGUACCAGCUCAACGAUUCCGCUCUCUAUUUCUUUGAGAACAUUGGUCGGAUCAUCGCGCCGAACUAUGUUCCCACGGAAAAAGACGUGUUGCGUGUUCGUGUACGCACGAGUGGUGUGCUGGAAACCCAGUUCAGUACUGCUCAGUUUAUCUUUAGGCUGUAUGAUGUGGGAGGGCAGCGUACACAGACGAGGAAGUGGCUGCGUUUCUUUGACGACGUGCGUGCUGUGCUGUUUCUGGUGGAUGCCAGUCGAUACGAUCUCAGGCCUCAGCAGGGUUCGGAUACGGGCUGUGUCCAGGAGAGUCUAGAACUCUACUCUUCCGUCUGCUCCAACACGGUCUUCAGCAGUGCCUCGCUGAUUUUAUUCAUGAACAAAAUGGAUCUUUUUCAAAAGAAGAUCUUGCAUUCUGGAAGACAUCUACGGCUUUAUUUCCCAGAAUUUAAAGGGGCGGACUGUGAUGCUAGUGGUGCUGCCAGCUUCCUCACUAGCCUGUUCACAGACCACCUCAGCUCACCAGCAAAGCCUGUGUACCAUCACUAUGCCACAGCCAUAGACACCAGCUCUGUUAGGGACGUCUUCCAGACUGUCAUCGACAACAUUGUCAAAGAUAACUUGGCUAAUGUGUGCACCCUUUGAAUUACACUUUCAGGUCUUUUUUUAAAUUGUGACUAGUUUUAUGUGUGUGUGUGUGUGUGUGUGUGUGUGUGUGUGUG